AUGAGAGAAGGAAGCUGGCUCGCCCUCAGUCACAAUUUCCAAAUCGACAACAUACAUACAUUUCAUAGACGAUUUCUCGAAUCGCAGUACAUAAUCUUCCCCCCGCCGCGCCAACACCAGGGCAACCCACACCAUCCAUUCGAUCCGUACGCCUACCUUACCUUGCCUUGGGUACUGUGCAGGAGUCAGGCCGACUUCUACCUGAUUGCGAGGCUCUCGAAAACCGUUCCUGCUACCAACCCUGCCCCUUCUAAUAAGACGAACUCUUUGGCACCCGACGAGACGAACCGAGCCCACCUUUCCGCUCGACGCAGGAUACCUAAUCGACGCGAUUGCCGCACGCGCAUUGGGGAUAGCAUCCUACCCAGCCUCGCCGAACGAACAGAACCCGUAAAUUCGGUACCCAACGUUGCCCAUUGCGCUACUCGCCCCCGCCCCUCAUCCCAGCGAAACCCCAAAUCCGCGACGCGAUCCCACUUGACCAAUACCAACUCAUCCUCCCUCUACGAGAGGCGCGUUGUCGAGCGCGUCCACCGCUACCAAUGGCCCGGCAUUCAGCUCAACCUCUGGAUCCUCGUCAUGCUUGUGGCCGCCUGCCUCAUCAUCGGCGUUUUUGCGUCCUUUAUCGAGACGCAGCAGCAACUGCUUCUGCCCAUACCCUGGUGCGUGAUUCACACUGCUAUCUCUGCCUCGCCCUCGCAUUCCGUCAUGUACUUUCCCUACUACAUCACCGUCGCAUGCCUCGUAAUCCUCUUCAUCGGCCUCCUCCUCUGGCUAGUCUUCCAGCGUCGUCUCCUCCCAGCCAUUGUUAUGAUCGGCGCCUUCAUCCUCUUCAUACUAUGGUUCGUCGGUCUUGUUGUCGUGAGCAUUCAGCUCUGGGGACCCGACGGGUCCGUCUCUAGCACGUGUAACCUCGCCGUGUUUAACCGGAGCCCGACGGGGCAGAGUCUAGACACCCUCGCUUGGCUGGAACAGAGGAGUAUAUGCCAAGCGUGGCAGGCGGUGUUUUCAUUUGCGCUGGUUGGUGCCAUCUUCCUGCUUUGGAUCAUGGUCAUGGCCUACCAAGUGUUUGCCAGCUCUGUCAACGAUGAAGCCUCGGGUUGCGCCUAG